AUGUUUGACGAAGACGACGAAGACUACGAUGAUGACGACGACGAUAUCGUGUAUGGUGGCUCACGCCCGCUGGCUGCAUUUGGUGGUUACCUCGACAAUGAGGACCUCUAUCGAAGCCGAUACGAUGCCUUUGCUGCUUAUGAUCCUACGAAGACUCGCGAGGAGAUUCAGCAAUUGCUGGAAAACAUUCGGCCUGAUGAGGAAAUGCCCGCACAUCUUAGGGUCAAAACUCCGGAGGCUAUGACUGUGACUCUGCACAAAUAUCAAGAAUUGGGUCUCACGUGGCUACAAAAUUGUGAAACGGGCACGAACAAGGGCGGAAUCCUUGCAGACGACAUGGGUCUAGGGAAAACAAUUCAGAUGCUCUCCCUGAUCGUGACGCACAGAUCGGAAGAUCCCCAGUGCAAAACCACACUUAUUGUCGCGCCGGUCGCACUCAUGCGCCAGUGGAAAGACGAGAUUGCGCAAAAAGUCAAAGGCGGCCGUCACGCGCUCAGCACCUUCAUCCACCACGGCGCCAAGAAGGCAAAGGACUUUUACGAAUUCCGUAGGUACGAUGUUGUACUCACGACCUUUGGCAGUCUCGCGUCGGAAUUGAAGAGAAAAGAAAAGUUUAGUCUGAGAAAGAAGAACGACCCAGACGCCCGUCCGAAUGCAUCGGAAAAGUGUGUGCUCCUCGACGAGCAAUCCAAGUGGUAUCGUGUGAUUCUCGAUGAGGCACAAUGCAUCAAGAACCGCUCUACCCAAACGGCAAAGGGUGCUUGCAUGCUCAAUUCGACAUAUCGAUUCUGCAUGACAGGUACACCGAUGAUGAAUAGCGUGGAAGAACUUUUUUCUCUCGUUCAUUUCCUGCGAAUCAAGCCGUACUGCCAAUGGGAGAAGUUCCGGAUGGACUUUACCCAGCCUCUGAAGUCGAGCAACGAGUAUGCAAAGGACAAAGCGAUGAAGAUGCUGCAAACACUGUGCAAGGCUUUGAUGCUGCGACGUACAAAGAAGAGCACGUUCGAAGGCAAACCAAUCCUGAUUCUGCCAGAGAGGUCGACCGAAAUGGACCACCCUGAAUUCAGCGAGGACGAAAAGAACUUUUAUGACGCAUUAGAGAAUUCCACCCAACUUCAAUUCAACAAAUAUCUGCGACGCGGCACAGUGGGUUCGAACUACUCUGCCGUGCUUGUGUUGUUGCUUCGUCUACGCCAGGCCUGCUGUCAUCCUCAUCUUAUCAAAGAUUUCGGCAUCUCCGCCGCAGCCGAUCUGACGCCCGACCAGAUGCUUGAAUUUGCAAGAAUGUUAGACUUCAAUGUCGUCGAACGAAUCAAAGAAACCAAGGGCGAGUUUGAAUGCCCAGUGUGCUACGACGUUACCACAAAUCCAGCAAUAUUCUUUCCCUGCGGACAUGACGCAUGCUCCGAGUGCUUCGCUAAGAUCGCUGAUCCUGCUAACGCGAUUCAGAAUGGCGACGAAGGAGGUGGCGCAAAAUGCCCUCAAUGCCGUGGGCCUAUUGAUACCAAAAAGUUGACAGAUUUUGCAAGCUUCAAACGAGUCCACAUGCGGGAUCUGAUGACCGAGGCCGAGUUGGAGGCUGAGGGCGCUACCGCUGGCGGUAGCGACCAGGACUCCGACUCCGACACCGACGAUUCUGAUGAUGAGAGUGGGGAUGGGUCGGAUGACGACGAAAUCGACAGCCUAGAUGGAUUCGUUGUCGACGACGAUGCGGAGAGGGUGAAAGAUAAUGGCAAAGGAAAGGUAAAGAAGGAAAGCAAGGAUAAAAAGAAGAAGAAAAAGACCAAGCCCACCAUGACGUUAGCGGAGCUGAAGAAGCUCGCGAGCCGCAACGUAAAGGCACGAAAGGCAUAUCUCCGCCGUCUCCGCAAAGACUACGUCGGCUCCGCCAAGAUUGACAAGACCAUGGAACUCCUCGAGUCCAUCAUGGCCGACCCGGAAGGCGAGAAGAUUUUGAUCUUCAGCCAAUGGACAUCCCUCCUGGAUCUGCUGGAGAUUCCCAUCGACGAUAAGGGAUUCGGCUACCGACGCUACGACGGCAGCAUGUCCGCCAAGAUGCGCGAGGAUGCUGUGGAUGACUUCAAGAACUCAUCUAAGGAUGUGCGCAUCAUGCUCAUCAGUCUCAAAGCAGGUAACGCUGGCCUGAACCUCAACAUGGCCUCGCAGGUCAUCAUCCUCGACCCGUUCUGGAAUCCUUACAUCGAGGAGCAAGCCAUCGACCGAGCCCAUCGUAUUGGACAAGUUCGCCCCGUCAAAGUGCACCGUGUACUCAUCCCCGGCACCGUCGAGGAUCGCAUCAUCGAACUUCAGGAGAAGAAACGUGCUCUGAUCAGCCAGGCGCUUGACGAGAAGCAGGCCUCGGCUCUCGCACGACUUGGUGUGCAGGAGCUGGCGUAUCUGUUUGGUGUCACUUCGAAUCCCAACCAGGCGGUGCCCGGUGGAAGAUGA